AAAAAGGAGAGGAAGAAAAGAGACACAGAGAGCAUGGGCUUCCGAAGAACCGCAAAGAAAACACAACCACCACCAUUUCCCAAGAGACGCAAAAGAAGAAAAUUGUAUUAAAAUUCUCUUUUUCUUUAAUUGUUUUAUUGUUGAAGAUUAUUCAUUCUUAAAACUUUAAUCGAUCAGUAUAACUAUAUAUACGAUCUAGAGAUUGAUAGAUUAUAUGGAAGAUCACCUUCGGAUAUGAUUCAUCUAUCCAAUUUCUCUCUCAGAACCAUCGUUGGCAUUUGCAUUGAUUCUGCUGAAAACCAUGAAUUGUAUUUGCAUCAUUGCUCGCUGGUGUGGAGAUCAGAAGAUUUGUCCUGUCAAUUAUUUUUGGCUUUCUAGUAUGUGCCCGAAUUUAUCAAAGCAUUCUUGGAAGGAAAUCGUGGUAGCUGAAGUGACGAGGCCAUUCUUAGAUAUAUAGAACUGGCUUCUCCUUGAAUCUGGAAAUUGCUUUUUGAUGAAAUUUUAGCUGAAAUUAGGCAGCAUUUCGGUUUCUUCCCCCGUUUUUGUGGUAUUUAUAGGAUUAAACAAGUUUGGUUUCAUGUGUAUAUAACAUGGAUGUUAGUAGCACCUCUUUUAUUUGGAUAUUUUGAUUAGAGAUAUGCGAAUGUGCAAUAUUAGGAAAGGGCAUGGUCAACAGGAACUCGUUUUGGUCCUUUAGAAAACCAGAUCCUCUGCAAAUUUAGUGAUGGGUUUGCCACAAGUUUCAUCCAGUGGAACUGCUGAGGAGGUUGCAGGAUCUUUGAUUACAUUUGUGCACAGUCCGCCUCGAUUUUCUGGUGUGAGCACAUGUGAUUUGGACGGAAUUCAUGUGGAAAGUACGAGUCAAAAGUUUGGGGGUUCCUUAUGCUCUUCUUUAGGAGUUUUUCAAAGGAAAACCUCCUUGGAGCUUGCAAGUAUUCCAGACAAUUCAUACAAGGAGGCCGCUGAUGCUACAGCCAAUGUUCAUGAGAAAAUUGGUUGUAAGGGUAAAGGUGAUAUGUUAACUCCCAAAAGUGCCAAGCACAUUGAGAGACCUGUUUCCAGGAUUGUGGGUUUUGAAUCUAUUAGGAGAGGUUCUUUCUUUGAUGGGCAUGAUGGAGUUUCAGCUGAUCAGCUUUGUUCUUCAUCUGUAGUUGGUAUCACUGUUAAUGAAACAGAAUCCAGUGGGUCACUAGUCAGGAAACGGUUGUUGUCACCAUUGAAUGGUAUACUUUCCCUGAACCAAUUUAGUGGUGAUCCUCUAGAUAUCAGCUGCAGCAAUUUUCGGAUUGCUUCUCCUGCUUCAACUGAUAGUUAUAGUGUUUCAAUGGCACAGGAGUAUAAGAAAGCAAAUAUUGGAAGCAAUCAUUUCACCACACCAGUCUGUUCUGUGGCUAAUUGCUCAGAACAGAAGGAUGUGUUAUGUGAUUACAGUAGAAUGGCCAGCAUUUUUUUUACUGACGGCCCUUUGCUAGAGGACAAGGAAUUACUGUCUCAUGCUUGUUUAUCGUCACCUGGACUUGAUCCUUUGAAAGAAUCAAGUAAAGUAAGAUCCCAAACCAGGGCGAUAUCCAUAUCAGCAGAAACUAUGAUCUCGUCUCCUCUUUCUUUAUCACCUCUUGGUCCAAGAUUUUCUGAAAGAAUGAAAACUGUGGGAGUAUGCAGGAACUCAAAGAUAGAAGGUGAUUAUUUAACCUUAAAAAAUGUGGAACAUCCACUUGAUGAAAACUUCUCGGACAAUAUCUUUGCAUCUGAAGAAGAGGACUUUAUUAUGACAAGAAAAUCAUUGGAAGAUAUUGAUUUUUUACACAAAGAGUUUCAUUUGUCUUUCCCAGAAAGUAACACUGGAAGAGGUUGGCCUUGGUCUCAAGAUUUGGUACCCCCACCCCAUUGCAUGAAGCUGGGUAGAAGGUUAAGGGGUUUUCCGGUUAUGAAGUCAUUGGUUGGUUCAUUUGAGGAAUCCCUAUUGUCUGGUCGGUUGUCAUCUGGAAAAUCCGGUCAGAAAAUUGAUGGUUUUCUAGCUGUACUAAGUGUUACUGGAGGGAACUUCUCACCAAAAUCGCAGAAACUUCCUUUUGCCGUAACCAGUGUUGACGGAGGUAGUUACUUACUGUACUAUGCAUCCAUAGACCUUGCAGGAAAGUUGUCAUCAAACAAGUGGAGAGGCCAGGAUUUGGAAAGAAGCCUUAGCAAUGAUGAUUCACGAAGUUCCAGGAGCCGUCUGCGCAUUCCUGUGAAAGGACGUAUACAACUGGUUCUGAGCAACCCGGAGAGGACACCACUUCACACAUUCUUUUGUAACUAUGACUUAAGUGACAUGCCUGCUGGUACCAAGACAUUCUUGCGUCAAAAGGUCACCCUAGCUUCUUCUGGCCCAACUUCUACAUGGGUGAGUGGAGAGCAGAGAAACUUUGACAUAAAAUAUGAAGAUAAGGUGACUUCAGUCUCAGAGAUAAGUCAUCCUGAUCAAAAUGUUAAAGGACGUGUUUCAACGGCUUUGAUGGAUAAUAUGGAUGGGAGCAACAGGAAUGCUUGUGCAAGGACUGAUGACAAGCAUUUCAGCUUGUUUGAUAUUGGCCAUGGAAAUGAGAGGAAAUUGGAACAAGCUUUUUCGAAGGUCAAUGAGAAUGCUACUGGUGCUGGUGCUCUACGUUAUGCUCUUCAUCUCCGUUUUCUAUGCCCACCCUGUAAGAAAUGUUCGCGAUCAGAAAGAAGUUGCAAAUCCAAUCAUCAAUCUGUACAAGGAACUAGCUUAGAUGUUGAAGGAGAGCAGAGAUUUUAUUUAUACAACGAUUUGAGGGUUGUGUUUCCUCAACGCCAUUCAGAUGCUGACGAGGGGAAGUUGAACAUGGAGUACCACUCUCCGGCAGAUCCAAAAUAUUUUGAUAUCAGCAGCUGAAAUGCGUACAUCAUUUCCCUCCUAAGCGAAUGGUUCCAUUCUAUAUGUGUACAUACUUGUAAACAUUUCCAGGGUCAUUUCAUCUCGAAACGGCAUAACAUAGUGAAGACUGUAGAUCACCAAUAAUGUUCUUAAAAUGUCUCUUGCGUAAUGGGAAUUGUUUUAGGAGCAGGACUGAUGAGUUGGACCAGAAGGACUGUAAAUUGAUUCGAGUGCGGUGGUGGUUGUGCACCGAUAGGUUUGUUGCUGCUGCAUUACUUGUUUGUUUGUUUAAAGGCAAUGAUGCCCCUGUUAUAGUAGGAGAUUGGGUAAAUUAAUUUGUCACUCAAAAGGUUAUUCUAGGAAGCAUGCGUUUUUACACACCCCUUCCUCAUUGGGAGUAAUUAAUAUCUAAACCUGAUGAUGGCGAUAAUUAACUCAAGUGAGCCAUUUGUGUCUUGGACUGGCCUAAUAAUGACGAAGGGGCUGAACUUGCAUGGUUGGCAUUAAAACAAUUGGCAACGAGAAAUGGACUUGAGCUGGGCCGUGACCUGUAUUGUGGGCCAAUAUCUAGUUCUGGUUGAUCCAAGGAUUCUAAACUCAAUUCUGUAAUGUCUUUGGAAUACUCCUAACCAUAUAUUAUGUGUAUAUGUUAAUAUUCUACCGCAAUAAUUCUUCUCAAGGAAAACAAA